CGUGGGGGGUUGGAGGGAGGCUCCCCCGCGUUGAGCUCUGCGCAGAUCACGGGCCUAGGAGACAGUGGAGUCGGUGGAGGCGGUAAAGGCGGCGCUGAGGGGUCGAAAGCGGAGCAGCUUGCACACCUCGAGCACCUACCCUGGCUGCUCGCGUAGGGGUGUGAAGUGUAGUAGACAGUCUUCCCCGUGCGUCCCUAGGAACCUAGAGUGAGGACCACAGUCGGGAACCUAGGGCAGUUUUACGUAUCCCCCACCAUUUUUCAUCAGAGACCAUGAAGGAGGCCUCACUGCCGGCGCCUUCUUUAGUUUCCUUAAAUUAUAAUUUUACAAACCCUGCCCCAAGCUUCCAGUCUCCCUUCUCCAACAAAAUGGUGCUGGCUAACUCAGAUGUCUGGGAGAUCUGAAGUUGUGUCAACCUGACUUCCCGGUAAUUCUUGGACAGUAGAAAAGAUUUUUUUUCUGGGCACUUGGGUAUCAGUAUUUUCAGUUAAGAGCACGCCUUUGUUGCUAGUUCAUCGGUUCUUACCUGGCCUUGAGAGGCUGACACGCCGCAAUUCAGACUUUAUUUAUUUACUUUUUUAAUCACAAAUGAAGGCAUCUCUUGAAAAUCAAGCUGCUUGGAUAUACCCAGCAUCGUACCGAUCUCAGCAACACAACUCUGCCCUUUGACAUUUCUCCUCAGCACAGUGGCAUGCAUCCUGACUGUAAAGAAGGAAGACUUUGAAGAGCCUUAAGGUGAACUGCAGGAAGGCCCAGCCCUGUACACGUGGGGCAGAGCCAGCCCAGGAGGUGCCGAGAGGCCAGAGCUGUAGCUCUCUGCAGCCCACGCGGGGAUGUCUCCCAGCCUUCAGGAAGGUGCUCGGCUUGCCGAAAGCAAACCCUCACCCUGCUCCUUUUCGAUUGAGAGCAUCUUAGGACUGGACCAGAAGAAAGACUGUGUUCCAUCAACGAAACCCCACAGGCCCUGGGCAGAUACCUGCAGCUCUUCAGGGAAAGAUGUUAACUUUUGUCUACACGUCCCGAGUCUUCCUGAUGGAAUCUCAUUACCUUGUAAUGUGGAUCACUCAGUGCCAGAAGAAGGAGUUUUGAAAUGUGAAAAUUACUUUUCAGCCUCAGAAAGACUUUCUUUGAAAAGAGAAUUGAGUUGGUAUAGAGGCCGAAGACCCAGAACUGCUUUUACGCAAAACCAGAUUGAAAUGUUGGAAAAUGUCUUUAGAGUAAACUGCUAUCCUGGCAUUGAUAUCAGAGAAGACUUAGCCCGAAAAUUGAAUCUAGAAGAGGAUAGAAUCCAGAUAUGGUUCCAAAAUCGGCGUGCAAAGCUGAAAAGAUCCCAUCGAGAAUCACAAUUUCUAAUGGCAAAAAAAAGUUUCAACACUGAUCUCCUGGAAUAGAUAGAAAACUAAACAUUUGAAAUUAUCUUCUAAUUGCAGAAUGUGAAGAAUCAAUGGAAAUAUCCAGUGUUAAAAAUGUGAUGUUUUCUUUUCUGUUUAAUCUGAAUAAUGUCAUUUUUUUCAGAAAAUAUAUUGUAAAUAAUUACUAUUAUUA